AUGGGAAAUAGAAAAAGCUUUCUUCUGUAUGCAAAUUCGAGUCAUCAAUUUGAACGUUUGUGCAACAAAAGCUUAUGGCCGUUAACCAUCUGCUCAUGUAAUUACAUUGUAGACAUUCCAUCCAAGGUUCCGACCUCCUAUUCCUUAAUUGCUACUGGUAUUCCUGCUCAAUGGGACUUAACAGAUUUUGAAUUAGAUGUCAAAAAGCAAUAUCCAUCCAUUGUCAAAGUCGAACGAAUGUUGGUUAGAGGUGGUACUCCCAUUGCUAAAGUUCGUAUUGAUUUUUCUUCAAAUGAAGACGUACAAAAAAUUCUCAAGCACAAAAGAUUACUACUCGAUGAUGAAAACACAUCCUUUCCUGUUCAACAAUAUUAUCCACCAUUUAAAAUUCUUCGUUGUUAUAAUUGCCAACAAUACAAUGAUCAUGUUGCAGCUAAUUGUCCACGCAAAGACACUCCAAUUUGCUUCCGGUGCGGACAAAACCAUCCAUACAAUCCGAACUGCUCAAAUAAAAUUUGUUGUGCAAAUUGUAAAGAAGAGCAUCUCGCUGGUAAUCCCAGCUGUCGAGUUAAAAUUGCAGAACGUAAUAAAGGCAAAUCAAAUCUGAUCACAUCGAAUGGAUAUAAAUCAUAUCCAACCAAAGCUGCUUUCACUGCUUGGACAACCACAACAAAUCUAAUGUUUACCUCUGACUGUCAACCGUCAACUACGGCAAUGGCUCCAACAUCACUUGAAAACUCAAAUUCCUCCUCAUCGAUAGAAAUUUCAAAAAAAUUGGAUCUGAUUUUGAACAAAAUCGACUAUUUAACUGGUGAACAUGACAAUCUCAAAACGAACUUCAUCAACGUCAACCAACAACUUAGAUCGUGUCAAGAAACGAUUAACUUACUCAAAAUUUUUCUCUCCGAACAGAUUUGUCCAUUGAUAGUGGAAGUUGGAGAAGGGAUAAUGGGUAAGAAGCAAGACAUUAACAAGAAGAAACUUCGUCCAUUGAUCUCCAACUUCAACCAAGGCUUAGAAUUACUGACAAAAUCGUUCGAAAACAAUCUUAAUCAAUUUUCGUCAUCAGUUUUCAAGAAAUCAUCCUCGUAUGAAUCCAUCGGCGAGGAUAUUUAA